GUUCUCACAUACUAGUACAAGGGUUCAACUGCCUCAACUUCCGCUGCACUACUCAAAGUCUCAAGUCUCCACAGCUGGGACUUUGUCUCUGGAAAGAUCCCAAGGGCUUUUUCAGCCCAACACAGUCUAUACAAACAUUGUAGAUAAACAUGUUUGACAUAUAGCUAGCUCAUCAAGGUAAGAACAUUUGGAUCAAAUGAGUGCACUUGUCUGCUUGCUCGCCCUCUCUUCCCACGACUGCCCAAACUGUCCGCAUCCAUCCCCUUCAUUGGCUUCUCCAAGACAACCCACAGUCUCUGCACAUGCCUGUGCCGUGCCCCCCCCACCACAGCAUCCAGCUUCCUCACAUACACAGCACGGUACGCCAGCAUCUCCAGCGCUGCCUCGAACAGCGCCAUGGCAUCCGCACUGUGCUCUAUCGCCUCCAGCCAAAGAAUGCCGCCCGGCCUCAGCACACGAUGCCAGUCGAACAAUGCGAGCUGGAAGUCCCUGGGCGGCAGGGCGUCCACCCCCUGCAGCAGCGCGGGGCCUGUGGUGCCAGAGGCGUGGAUGAGGUCCAGCGAGGCGUCAAACAGCGGCAGGCGCGCCGUCAGAGGCAUGUCCAGACCCAACAGGCCCCGCCACGCCAGGGCCUCCUGGAAUGGCACUGCCACCCUGCUGCUGCUGCUGCUGCUGCUGCUGCUGCCACUGGCACCACUCAUACCGCUGCUGCGGCUGCCCCCGAUGCUGGUGGUAACGGCAGCGUCAGCAGCAGCAUUGCCUGAGGGCCACUGCCAGGCGUCACUGUGGCCAAUCACGUUGGACUGUGCAGUGAGCACCGUCACAUUGUGCAGCGCCAUCUGGGCAGCAAACUGCCCUGUUCCGCCGCCCAAGUCCAGCCCCAGUCGCAGGCCGCCCCCUUUGAGGCGCAUGAGAUGGCGGAUGUGGAACUCCUCUCCAGUGCCCUCCGUCCCGCCCCUGCCAUGUGCACCACGGGACAGCGGGCUGCUGCCGCUGCUACCGCUGCCAGUGCUGGCGGAGGGUCGUGUGAACUGGAAGCAUGCGCCGCCAGCAGCCCACCCGUCCCUGUCGCACCCGCUCCCCCUCUCUGCUCCCCUUUCCCCCCCACCCUGUCUCCCGCUCCGCCCCUUCCCCCUCCCGCCCUCCUUCCAUUCCCCCUCGCGUCUCUC